UCCUAACAUCCCAACUAGAGUGAUAUCCUUGUGGAUCCAGACUAAGGAAUAACAGUAACGUUGCAUUGUAACAAUUUGAAGAUGUCGGUUGCAUGUACUCAACUUGGUCGGAGCGCCUUGGCAAUACGCGGCUGUGGGGGGAUGAUGAUGGUGCGCUAUGCACAGACAGCUGCGGCCCCAGCCCCACAACCGAGGAUAAAGAAGUUCCAAAUCUACAGGUGGGAUCCUGACAUGCCAGGAGACAAACCACGGAUGCAGACAUAUGAAAUUGACCUUAAUGCGUGUGGCCCUAUGGUACUGGAUGCUCUAAUCAAAAUCAAGAACGAUAUGGACCCCACUCUGACUUUCAGACGCUCUUGCAGAGAAGGCAUCUGUGGCUCUUGUGCGAUGAACAUAAAUGGAGGCAACACAUUAGCGUGCCUUAACAAGAUAGACGCAAACACCAGCAAAGUGACCAAGAUUUAUCCUCUUCCACAUAUGUAUGUCGUCAAAGACCUAGUACCUGACAUGAGCAACUUUUAUGCCCAGUACAAAUCCAUUGAGCCUUAUCUUAAGAAGAAGGAUGAAACCCAAGAGGGAAAGCAGUACCACCAAACUAUUGAGGACCGUCAGAAAUUGGAUGGCUUGUAUGAGUGUAUCCUCUGUGCCUGCUGCAGCACGAGCUGCCCAAGCUACUGGUGGAAUGGGGAUAAAUAUCUUGGACCAGCGGUGCUCAUGCAGGCCUACCGGUGGAUGAUCGACUCUCGUGAUGACUUCACAGAAGAGCGCCUCUCUAAGCUGCAGGACCCAUUCUCCCUGUAUCGCUGCCACACCAUCAUGAACUGCACAAAGACAUGCCCUAAGGGACUCAACCCAGGGAAGGCUAUUGCAGAAAUCAAGAAAAUGAUGGCGACAUACAAGGAGAAAGGACUGUCUGCCUCAUAAUUCGCCAUAUGAUAUCUCUGGAAUUCAGUGGAAAAUGGUGUUUUAAUGAACAAAAGAUAACUUAUUGCAUGUAAAUACAAGCAAAAUGACAGUGAUUAUUGGAACUCACAGUUUGCACAAUUUUCUUUGAGGAAUGCCUGCUGUCAAAAUAGUACAGCGGCGGAAUGGGACAUAUUUCCAGGAGAUUUCAGACUCCAGCGCCCCCCUCUGGAGGUGUUGAUGGGAGUAUGAGCCAACUUGCGUAGCAAAGAACUUAAACAAACAGCAAUGCCAUGCCCUUUUUAAGAUCACAACAGUCUGCCCGGCCUCAAAACAUUACCGGUCGACUGGAAAUUGUCCCGAUUCUUCCUAUGACCACACUCCGCUACUGAUUUAGUUAUAGUGACUUAGAAGUAUCAGGGAUUAUUCACAGGAAAAUGGGGCUUGUAUGUAGGGUAUAAGUUUCAAAUGGUGUGUGCAAGUCAGACAGCAUAUGGCAGGAGGAAGAGGAAGCUACCAAGAGCAUAGAUUUUGAAAAAGGAACAUGAGUGCUUAUGCCACAGAGAGGCUCCCAUUGGGAAUGUAUAUACUGUAUUUUUUAUUACAAUGAAUGCAUUUCUCAGUGCAUCCAUGUAAUAGGUUGGUGCUUGUUUAUCCAGUGGAUACUGUAUUAUGUUAUAUACUUUGUACAGUGUGGAAUGUCACUGUGUAUUUAUCAUUUGAAUUUUAAAGGUACCUAAUUGUCUGAUGUUCUGAAGAGGAUGAAAGGCUCCCUUGAAUGUAAAUAUUGUUGGAUAUGUAUGGAUUUGUGUGGAUAAUAUGUGUGCGUGUGUGUGUGUGUGUGUGUGUGUGUGUGUGUGUGUGUGUGUGUGUGUGUGUGUGUGUGUGUGUGUGUGUGUGUGUGUGUGUGUGUGUGUGUGUGUGUGUGUGUGUGUGUGUGUGUGUGUGUGUGUGUGUGUGUCUCACCCCAAAGUAAACAGUCAUGGCUGUUUUCAUAACAUUCCUGGAAAUUAAUUCACCUUGAUCAAUAAGACUGAGUACAUAUAAUAUAGCCUACACAACUUGUUUUGGUUGUAGGCCUACUUGAAUGUAUGCAGAGGUUUGUUGACAUCUUACUUACAUUGGGUAGCCUAUAUUAAAUAUUUAUUUGCUUUUGCUGAUACAUAAGGCUAAACGCAAUAAACAUGUUU